CGAACGCGGACACGGCAUCAUCAAAUCUGUUAGUGUCAUCUAGCGGCCAAUUUUAGGAACUGACUUGCUUAACUUUUAAUGAAAGAUCUAUCAUAACUGCUACAAUAUAUCAUAUUAUUUCUGUUUGUAAACAUCGAUAUGAACUGGAUGUGUCGAAGCAAAAUGCUUUGUUUUAUACUGUGAAUGAUAAUAUUGUGGAUAAAAGCUAAUUCAAGACAAAAAAUGCAAUCUGAAGCGGCAUUGCUUAUUACAAAAUCACUUGUCGCAGAUUAUGAUUCAUCUAGCGAUGAAGAUGAACCUCUGAAUUCCAAACUUAGCUCAGAGAACUGUGCACUACCUUUAAUCUCUGCUUCAGAAAUAUUGAGCAAAACUUCAAGUGGUGAUGCUUCCAGCUCUGUAUUUAUAAAUCCGUAUCGUGUGGCUGAAAACUACGAACAGUCUAUUUUAGAGAAGCAUGUCAAAAUGACUCAAGUAAAGGAACCUGACCAAAAUCGAAAAGUAUGCUUUAAAUUCAAUAAGGGUAAAUGUAAACUUGGAGAUAAAUGUCCUUUUCUGCAUGGCAGGUCUAUUCAAAUCAAUAAUUUGAAUGGGAAAACUAGUGAUGGAGAAGAAACUAAUGAAAGUGUUAAAGUAAAAUUGAAGAAAAGGUGUGGACUGAAAGAUGAUCUGGUACCACCAAAAAAGUAUAUGAAAGUUUAUAAUAAAUCGAAAUAAAUCUGUCAAA